AUGAAGAGACAAAACGCCCGGACACUCGCCCUCAUCAUCAGCAUCCUCACCUACCUGGUGGUGGGAGCGGCCGUGUUCGAGACCCUGGAGUCCAAGCAGGAGAAGAGCCACAAGAGGAAGCUGGACGCCAGAAAGUACGAGCUCAUGCGUAAAUACAACUUGACCAAAGCGAACUUCGAGGAGCUGGAGCACGUCGUCCUGCAGCUCAAACCGCACAAAGCAGGGGUCCAGUGGAAAUUUGCAGGCUCCUUUUACUUCGCCAUCACUGUGAUAACGACCAUAGGUUACGGCCACGCGGCGCCCAGCACCGACUCAGGGAAAGUGUUCUGCAUGUUCUACGCCCUCCUGGGGAUCCCGCUCACCCUGGUCAUGUUCCAGAGUCUGGGCGAGCGCAUCAACACGCUCGUCAGAUACCUGCUGCACCAAGCCAAGAAGUGCCUGGGAAUGCGUCAGACCGAGGUCUCCAUGGCGAACAUGGUGACGGUGGGCUUCUUCUCCUGCAUGAGCACGCUCUGUGUGGGGGCCGUGGCGUUCUCGCAGUGCGAGGGAUGGAGCUUCCUCCACGCCUUUUACUACUGCUUCAUCACGCUCACCACCAUCGGGUUUGGGGACUACGUGGCUCUGCAGAGGGACGACGCGCUGCAGAACGACCCUCGCUACGUGGCGUUCUGCUUCGUCUACAUCCUCAUGGGGUUGACGGUGAUUGGAGCUUUUCUGAACUUGGUUGUUCUUCGCUUCCUGACCAUGAACACCGAGGAUGAGCGAAGGGAUGCCAAGCAGAGAGCUUUAAUGUCCGUUAUGAAGCCCCGAGGAGAGGUGGCUCGCUUAUUACCCGUGUCCACGUCGACCACGUCCACGCCUGUAGCAGAAGACACGACCAAGGCCAGAGAUUUAAAAGGUGCUUACACCGAGGUGCUGCAUUUCCAGACUAUCUGCUCCUGCUUGUGGUACAGGAGCAAAGAGAAGCUGCAGGGCUCUACCAUGAUCCCUCAGGAGCUGACGUUCUCAGAUGCGUACCUGCAGCAGAACAGUAACUGUCCUCACUACAUCGAGCCCGGAUCUACAGGCUGCGUUUGCAGUCCACGCCAGUGCUCUAGCAUCAGCUCCAUAACCACGGGCCUACACGCCCUCUCUCCCUUCAGGUUCUUUAAGAGACGCAGCUCCGUUUAGCCUUUUGAUACAGCAGAUUUCACUUCAGCACAAUGUGUCUAUACUGCCAAGUGGACAGCAGAUACUUGGCAGGCCUCGCAGCAAAGACGUGGCUGCAGAGCGGUUGUUUGUGGUGCUAUAAUCCCAGCAAACCAACAGUAGGACACACAAAGGGAAAAGCACAUACAGUACUGUAAACAACACCGUCUUACACAAAUACUUCAGAGAGCAAAGCAAGCAAUCUUUUGACUUGAGGUUGAUUAUUCAGGGCAGGCCUGUGUGCUUAGACAAAUCAUGUAAGACGCAGCAGAGACGGUGCUGCUUGGGCCGGUUCAGGUCGAGACAACAUGCAAAAAAAAAAAAGGAAUAAAAAACAAAAACCUCCUGGACAGAAGUUCUGCAGUAAGUUCUGCUGAUCUGAGAUGUACUUCUUCAGGUUUUAGUUUAUUACUUGGGCAUUUGCGUGAUUCUUAAAGACAUUUCCCAUUAGGAUUUGGAAGUUAUGCAGACAAGUUGCCUUAAAAACUCUGAUUGAAACAAAUCGUGAUUGUCUACUAAAGCUGACACACUAAUAACUCCAUGUGACUCACUCCCUGGGUGGCUGCCUCCGUUAUUGUGAUUUCUCUCUGCCCAAAUUUGCUCCAGCAUCAGUCACAAACAUGGCAAAGUUAUGUAACGUCACAAGUGGACAAGUUCAAAACAUCACGAUGGCAAACCCCAACAUGGUAAAAACGGCAUUAGGUAAGCGGCACAAAUAUCUCAAGUAGACUCUCAGCGGGAACGAAUGAAAAACACUCGACAGGAACAACACUACAAAGCUUUAAAUAAAUAUAACCAGUAGGAUUAAUUAACAGCGUCAGAGCUUUACUAAUCUGCUGUUUAUAGGAAGUUUAAGUAGAGACCCUUCAGCACACUUUGGUCUAAGAGUCAGUCCAGAACCAGAGCUGGUCUUCUUCUUGGGUUAAUCAAUGUGAAGCUUUCAUGAGUCCUUCAGGAGUCAAAGAAGAUGAAAUCAGGGUCCCGUUUCACAGCUAUGGUGCCUAUAAAAAAGAAUUCAUCACCCCUGGAACAGUCAUGGUCAGUAUUAUUAGGCGUUUUUGACUGAAACAAAUCCAGAAUUAAAAAAAAAUAAAUAAGUGACUGCAUUAAUAAUCACCCCCUUAGUCACCUUUGGCUUUGCUAAACUACUUAAGCUCUGUCUGGUGCGAAAAACCUCUUCAAAGUCUGUCCACAAAUUCCCUUUCAAAUUGAGGUCUGAGCUUUGACUCUGCCACUCCAGAACAUUCUCCUCGUGAUCUUUCGACCGUUUCUGUGUAGCUUUAGCUGUCUUAAAUCUUCCCCCAGCUGUAGUUCAGUUCUCUUGCAGACUGAAUAA